UACUAGAGAACGAGAAGGAAACAUCUCCUCUGCUUUGAAAAGAUCACAACCAUGGAGUUGAACUUUUCUCCUUACAUGCUCCAGGGAGCCAAAUGCCAGUUUGAAUGCAAGCAAACAUCUACCACCAUUGAUGCUGGGUACUUCAGUGCCUGUGGCAGCCUUUCUCCAAGUUCCUCCAUUGAUUCUGGAUGCUUUUCUCCUUCUUCGAGCCGUUGGGGAGCUGAAAGACAGCAAGAGGCCGCUGGGAUCGACUGCGUACCAGCUAAAAAUCACAGAUUAGCUCUACCUGCCGAUGGAAAGAGACGUUCCAGGUCUAAAAACCCUGGAAAGAAGCGUCAGACGGCCAGUGAAAGAGAGAAGCUCAGGAUGAGGGAUCUGACCAAGGCUCUCCAUCAUCUCCGAACCUACUUACCUCCUUCUGUGGCUCCUGCUGGACAAACCCUGACCAAGAUUGAGACCCUCCGCCUCACUAUUAGCUACAUCUCGUAUCUCUCUACUCAGCUGGAACAGUCUGAGGAGACCUUAGACUACUCACAAGAUACUUCAGAGAGGCUUGAGACAGAUCUGCUUUCAGAAACCUGGAGUCUGGAUGAGCCACAUGGACACAUGCAAGAAAAUGUCCAGUACUGUCCACCAUUCACACCCUUCAGUGAUUCACCACAACAGAUGGAAAACAACUUUCUUUCUGCUUCAAACUUCAGAGAUGCACAAUCCUGUAUGUUUCCCUGCACAACAACACACAAUGCGAUUUACAGCAAUCAGUUUUUCAGAUGAAGAACAACAAGGAGAGGAUAUGAGGUCACCUUAGGAAAAAAUCAGAUGCUCACUCCAUGAAAACUUCAUCUAAAGACUUUUGUUGUUGUUUUAAUUGUUUGUAAUUAUUUAUCAGAUAAUAUAUUUUUAUAUUGAAUACAUUUGUAUAUAUUGCAUUUUUUUAUUAAAUGCUUUGAAAUAUUACGUUUUGGCAUUUACUUUGUCCCCUCCCCCGCCAUAUUUAAAAUAUAUUUUUUUAACAUGAAUUCAUUAAUAACAAGGGCAGAUUAUAAUUGUACAUAUUUUCACAUGGUGACAAAUAAAUGCUUACAAAUGGGACCAAGCAUGUUAUUUUUUACUAUAAAC